AUGGAUCAAAUUAUAAAAGAAGCAAAGGCAUAUCUGUUACAGAGAGAUAUUGUCAAUAGAAUUAAAGAGGAUAAUAGUGAUGGAACCGUCGAUACACUGAUAACUAUUUUUGAAAAUUUAUUAAAGCCUAUCAAGGAUAACUCAAUUACGUUAAGUGAUUCGUACAGAUUAAUUUUAAUUGAUACAUUUUCAAUAUGGAUGGUGAGAUCUACAAAAAUUAUUCAAAAUAAAAAGAUCAACAGUGUACGCUUUUCCAAUGUAAUUGCAAGUGAACUAUUAUCAAACGAGAACCGCAAUGCACUUCUUCGAUAUAUCAUAGAUUUUUGGUCAGAUAGUACACCCACAUUGAGCAAUGCAUUAAGAGAUUUAUUGAACAAACUAUUGACCUUACUAAAGAUUAUUCUUUCAGAUGCACAAUAUAAUGCGUAUUUGUCAUUUUGGCUUGAUAAUAUUUUAACAGUCCCUUCGUUGUUACGUAUUCAUUAUAACCUGAUUGAAAUUUUUGCAAUUGAUUUAGAUAUGUACACUAUGUUGAAGAAGAGACCUCAUUUUAUAAAAAGUGCCCUAGAUGAAAUAUCUAAGGAAUCCUUAUCCAAUGCCAUCGGGAAAUGUUUAGUCAAUGUGUUAGUCAAUAUAUACAAAAUGCAUUUUGGAAAUGAGAUUAAAAAUAUUCUGCCAUGGACAUCAUUGUGGAAUGAACCCACCCUUUCUAACCUUCAAAAGAUAAAAUAUACAAAACCUAUAUCGUUAUAUUUUUUAACGCCGUUAUUUAAGAGUAUGCCCUCCGAGGCAUUUAUUCAAUUUCUACAAAGCAAGGAUUUUCAAAAUAAUCCAGCUUUAUUGUUAUCAUUAUUGAAAAUUGGUCAAAAUAUCUCAGUUGAAGAACCUUUCCAUGAUAGUAAAUUAAUUUCUCUGGAACAACUAGAAUGCUUUCUUCAAACAGAUGAAUAUAAACUUGCUACAUUUGAAAUUCUGACUUUCGCAAGUAAAAAAUCUAAAUCUGUACAACCUUAUAUCUUCGACAUUAUUAAACGGAACUUGAGAAUAUUCUUCGUGGAUGUAGAAUUAGAAAAUAGAAACUACUUCAUAAGUUCUUUCAAGAAUUUUAUUAUAAGAAUAAGAGAUUCUGCUUAUGCUCUGAACAGACAAUUAUUAAAACUCCAAAAGGUAAAGAAGUUUCCUGAGGAACAAUCUGAUUUGCAAACAUAUUUAGAUCAGUAUUUGUCAUUUCUGAGUUGGAUCGUCAAGUUCUUGAAAAGUGAAAUGAUACCAGGUAUUCAAUACCAUAGAAAAUUAAUGUCAAUACAAAUCAUGAAUGUACUAAUUUGUUCUGGUAUCGACAAAGAUAUCCCGGAAGAAUAUCUGUACAAACAAGAACCGAGGGAAUAUCCAUUUGAUGUAUCGUUGAGCAAGGAUGAAACAAUAUUUAGGCUUCUAGUAGAUAAUCUUUCUGACAACAUUCCUGAUAUUCGUAAAUUAUCAAAAGAAACUUUAUUAAUGUUCAACAAAUCUCAAACAUCCCAAUCCAUAUUAGCGAAAAUUGAUAUCCCACAUUUUACCGAUGUAAUGCAUAACAAUAUGGAGAUUUACCAAAACGUGGAUAUUGCAGCCACAUUAGAGUCCUUUUUAUUUCAUAUUAUACCAGACCAAUCAAGCUAUUUAAACAAUCUUCUUAAGAAAAUAGAUCUGGAAGUCGCAAAAGUGCAACGUGAUUACAUAUCUAAUGUCAACAAUAAAAUUAGUAGCUACUUAUCAUCGCUGAGUCUAAUUUUAAACGAAUUAGAUUUAAAUGCCCUUACUAUCACUAUUGAAAUAAUAACUAAACAUGUUUGGGAUAUCGUAUUAGAUGUUUGGGAAUUAGUUAGAGACAUAUUAUGCUACGAUGCAUCAGAUAGUUUAGUUCCGCAGCAGUUUCUAAAUAGCGGUGUAUCAGACCAAGUGUUAUCUAGUUAUGCAUAUAGAUCAGUUAAAGAAAUAUCUGCUAUAUUAAUUGUCCUACUAGAUAAAUAUCCUCUUUCAGAACAUAUAUUGAUGUCAAUUGGUGACCUGUUAAUCGAUCAAUUAUUUUCCAUUCGUCAUAGUGGUGCGUUUCAAGCCGUACUGCCUAGUUUUAAGGAAUGUUGCAUAAGAUGUGAAAAGAAUCUUCCUGCUCAACUAGAAAUGUGGUUAACUUUGAUAUUAGAGGAACUCCAAACAAAAACGCAGCAUAUUACGAGAAGAUCGGGUGGGCUGCCAUUUUUAUUAACAAAUAUUUUACGUGCUGAGACAGACAAACAAAGACCCAAAUUAAAGAAUGUCUUUUCUACCCUAUUUGAGAUGGCUAAUUUAAAGAUUCCAGAACAUCAGGAUAAAUUGGACCUUCCCCAAAUAAAUGCUUUUAAUUGUAUUAAAGCUAUAUUUAUUGAAUCUACUUUAUCUGAUUCUUGUCAACCAUAUGUCGCUGCCGCUCUGCAAUUAUCGUUCAAAUAUUUUACUUCCGACAUAUGGGCUCUUAGAAACUGUUCUUUAAUGCUAUUUACUUCUAUUCAAAAUAGAAUUUUCGGAAAGUCUGGUAAAGCCUUAAGUGCUCGACUAUUUUUCACAAAGUAUUCAGGUAUCAAGGAGUCAAUGUUAGAAAUUUUAGCAUCAACUAAUGCAUGCAACACUCCAGGAUCACAAGAUCAGUUCAAAUAUGAAUCCAUUUUCCUAGCACUAAACAUUUUACUUUCAAUAAAAUCCAAUCCUGGUUCAGGCGAAUUGGAUGACAUGCUAAACGAAGUUGAAAAAUUCCUUUGUGACGGCAAUUGGAAGAUCCGUGAUGUUGCAGCCAGGGUCAUAGCAUCUCUGCAUCAGGAUCCAUUCAUGAAGGCAUUAUCGUUGAUAAAAAAGCCAGCGCUAUCAAACCAAAAUCUAUUACAUGGUUCAUUGUUUACUGUCUAUUACGUUAUCAACGAUAUAUCUACUUAUGAUGACACCAAUGAUAGUAAGAGUUACACUACCCUUGUCAAUAUGUUAUUUCAAGAAUCCUCUUUGUUUACAAAGGAAAAUAUAUGUUUUCAAACAAGUAUGACCUAUCUCAAAAUAAUUAAGUUGGUACUUCAGAAAUCGCCAGACACAAUAUCAAAUAUAUCUUCCAACUUCUUCGAUAACCUAAAGAUAUAUUUCUUAUAUCAUAACUCCUUUCCAGAAACAGAUGGAAGUAAACAAUUGUGUCUAUCGACCGCACUUGACAUUCUUUUGGCUUAUGGACCAAGUGAAAUAGUCUUCAUGUUGUGCGAUAACAGUAUCCACUCAAGUUUAUAUGAAGUUCAAGAUACUGCCAUUCAAUUUAUUAUUGACUAUGAUUUAUUGAGAAUGCUCGAUGACAAUGAAAAAAAUAAACUUGUAGAACAACUACUCCAGUUAUUACAAAUAGAUAAGACUCUUCCAAAUGUCAAGGCUUCUGCAGUGAAAGCUCUAAAAGGAGUCGAACAAGGUAUUGACAAAAAUCUUGCUCUAUCACUUAUCAAUUCAGAAAAUUCAAGAACUAUGAAACUAGCUGUGCUAGAAAUCUUAGGUUCAACAACUUCCGCCACUGAUUUUGAUUCAUACUGGGAUAUAAUAGCUGGAUAUGCGAAGGAUUCUUCUAGUGAGGAUACUAGAUUAUCAGUUUUACGUUCUGUGGAGAAUUUUUCAAAAAAUACGCAAGAAGUAAAGGUGUUGACUCUUAUUCAUAAAAUGUUGAGCGAUGAUGAUAUUGAUAUUAGGAAUGAAGCUGCUCGUUUUAUUAAUCAGGAAUUACUCAAUAAAGAGGAACCUCCAUUAGAGAUAAGUGCUGUUGUAACAUCUUCAAAGCUGUAUGAUUUGUUAAGUAAAUAUUGCACAGACAUGGAAAUUAAGGAAUGUUUAAGUAAAGAGGUGAUGAAGUAUCUUUCCAGUAACAAUAUAUUUUUGCAGUUAACUGAACAGACACAUAUUUUAUUCAACGCUGAAGAAGAUAAUCAAUAUAGGAAUAAUAUCGAAUUAAUAUCUGAGUACAUUUCAAUUUUAAAAAAAUAUGACGUUUCAGAGGAGCUAUUCGUUUACUGCCAAGAUUUUUUAACUGAUUUAAGUAAUAAUAUCAACAAAGACAAAAUAGUUGAUGGUCCUCAAGGAUGGCUCUCGAGCCCGUUCCCAUUUUCAAUCAUAAUUUUGUUACAAAAAAUUGUUGAAUUGUUUAUGCCAGACAAAUCGGAGGAAUUAAACCUAAUAUUAAAUGGUUGCCACGUACAUCCAAUUGUUUCAGAAUAUGUAUAUAUCGAUAAUUAA